AUGAAUGACCUUGGUGAUGUUCAUUAUUUUUUGGGAGUUCAAGUAACUCAUACGCCGGACAUUCUAAUCUUUUCUCAACAUAAAUAUGUUCAGAACCUCUUACGUAAAUUUCAUUUGCAUACUCUUAUUCCCCUGUGUACACCCAUUGCUGCCAAGACUAAAUUAUCCCUUAAUGAUGGUGAGUUAUUAGCAGAUCCCUCUGUAUAUAGGAGCAUGAUUGGUGCUUUAAAAUAUCUUACAAUUACAAGGCCUGAUAUUGCAUUUGUUGUUCAUGUUGUUUUCCAGUUUAUACAUGCUCCUUGUACCACUCACCUCCUUGCUGUCGAAAGAGUUUACAGAUAUUUGCAGGGCACGUCUGAUCAUGGUCUCUCUCUUCGGAAGGCAAUUGGAUCGACCCGUGCCAUUGCCAAUUCUGAUGCUGAUUGGGCCGAUUGUCUUGACAGCUCACGCUCCACCUCUGGCUAUGCGGUGUUCUUUGGCCCUAAUCUCAUUUCUUGGCAUUCCAAGAUGCAACCAACCGUGUUGAGGUCCUCGACGGAGGCUGAAUAUCGCGCCCUUGCAUACACCGUUGCUGAGACGCUAUGGCUCAGGCGCCUCUUGGUUGAGCUUGGAAUUGUUCUUCGCCAUCCUGUGACUCUUUUCGGUGACAAUAUCAGUGCCACCUAUAUCACGGCGAAUCUAGUUCUUCAUGAUCGUAGCAAGCAUAUCAAUGUCGAUUAUCACUUUGUUCGGGAGAGGGUUGCUCAUGGUGAUUUGGUUGUUCGAUAUGUUCCCACACAGCUUCAGCUUGCAGAUAUUUUUACUAAGGGAUUAUCUUCUCAAAGAUUUCUCUGUCUAAGGAACAAUCUGUCGAUAUCGACUCCUCUGUUAGAGUAUGUCCAAACCCUAAUUCCUUUGCCAUCUCUCUUCCCUUCUUCAUAA